GCGACACCUUCACCUCGGCGCCCCGAAGCCACCACUUCACCUCUCCCUCCGUCUCGUUGAUCCUUCGCCUAAGCCCCGCGUGCCCGUCCCGUGUGCAUGUCAUUGCUGGGUAUUGUCAGUGCCAGCCGUGUCUGUUUCUUUCUCGGCAGAGCCGCUUAAUCCUGCCUCAAAUCCAUUCUCGGUCACGUCCCCUCAUCCCACCUCAUCGUCGCCCGAUAUUCAACACCACCACCAUCAUCACAUAUUGCGGCUCUCAAUCCUGCAAUGCCCUUGAGACGUGAAGCAGCGCCAUAACCUCGCCUUCGUCUUUCAUUUCACUGAAGAAUAUCGCUAUUGCUUCUACACACUUAAGCGCUGCAGCCGCAUCCUAAGCGCAGCCGCGCCUCAUUUUCACUGGGACAUUAUCUCUCAUCUCAUUCCACACCAAGUCGCCACUCAUCUCAACCUUGCUCACACACUCAACGAGCACAUCACAAACACAAACUCACAAUGGAGGACCUAUUCUCACUCCCUAUCUUCUUCAUCACCUUCCGCGAGUCCCUCGAAACCGCCAUCAUCGUCUCCGUCCUCCUCGCCUUCAUCAAGCGCACCCUCGCCACCAAAGAUGACCCCGUCCUCCACCAAAAGAUGGUCAAACAGGUCUGGCUCGGCACCGCCGCCGGCCUCGUCACCUGCGUCGUCAUCGCCAUGGCCAUCAUCAGCGGCAUCCACUCCCUCGGCGCGGAACAGUUCGCCGCCGCAGAGAGCAUCUGGGAGGGCAUCUUUUCCCUCGGCGCCUCCCUCAUCAUCACCGCCAUGGGCGCCGUCCUCCUGCGCGUCACCAAGCUGCAGGACAAGUGGCGCGUGAAGCUGAGCAAGGCCCUGAACGCGAGCGAGUCCCACUCUGGUCCCUUCCGCGACCGCUUGAAGUACCUCGGCGAGAAGUACGCCCUGUUCUUGUUGCCGUUCAUCACCGUCCUGCGUGAGGGCUUCGAGGGCGUGCUCUUCAUUGCUGGUGUUGGCGUCAGCGAGACUGCUGCGUCUAUUGCCAUUUCGUCUAUUCUCGGUCUUGCGCUCGGUGCCUUUGUUGGCUACUUUAUCUACAAGGGUUCCAAGACGGCGCCGAUCCAAAUCUUCCUCAUCGUUUCCACCUGCUUCCUGUACCUCAUCGCCGCCGGUCUCUUCUCCAAGGGCGUCUGGCACUUUGAGCAGAACGAGUGGAACAAAAUCGUCGGAGGUGACGCAGCAGAACUCGGCUCCGGCCCCGGCUCCUACGACGUCCGCAGAAGCGUUUGGCACGUCAACUGCUGCAACCCCGACCUCAACGGAGGCGGCUUCUGGGGCAUCUUCAACGCCGUCCUCGGCUGGCAGAACUCGGCCACCGUCGGCUCCGUCGUCUCCUACAACCUCUACUGGGUCGCCGUCGCCGCGGGCUUCUUCGCCAUGAUUUGCAACGAGAAGGGCUACUGGCCGUUCGCCGGCAGCAAGGCCAAGAAGCUCGCCGACGAGCACGAGGGCGAUGACCAGGAGCCGCUUCUUAGCAGGCCCGCUCGGUAAGUUUUCCGACUCGAUUCGGCCCCUCGGCGGACGAGAGUUGCGAGACUUCUGAGGGAGUUUCGCAAUUCCCAAUGAUGUACCGAAAGAGGAGAUGUGACUCCCACAGGCGACUUAGUAUUUUGGAUCAUGUACAAAGUGGUGAAGCUCCGAAAGCGCCUUGAUUUAAGAAAAAAAUUGGAGAAGAUAGUUAUUAUCGUUGCUAUAUAUUGUAUAUACGACUACUUAUGUAUCCAAACCUGCAAGUGUUGAUGACUUGGCCUUGACCUGACAUUUUCUCUUUAGAUUACUUUCAUUUGGAUUAGAUGCGUCUUCCAAUUCAGCCAACAGACCCAAGCUGGCCUGAUGCGUAUGCAUUCCACCAAAUAACUUCUUCCCGGCACUAUAUUCAUAGACGGCAGGUGAUUGUGAAGAAUAAUGUAAUGAUAGCGCUGUGAUUUCCCCCC